ACUGAGGCGGCGGCGACGGCGGCGGCAGGUCUCCCUUUUCCGAGCGCCAGGCCAGGCGGAGCCGGAAGCCGGCCGAGGCUGAGCCAGCAGCGGCUGAGGAGAGCGAAGGGAGGCGGCGGCGGCGGCGGCUCCUCUUUCCUCAUGGCGCUGAACCUGAGCCGGAACGGGCCGGCGCUGCAGGAGGCCUACGGGCAGGUGGUGGCGUCGGCCAGCCCCACGGACUGGUAAGUCGCCCCUUCCCUUCGCCGGGGACCCUCGCUGGGCUGGCGGCAGGGCUGGCUCGCUCCUUGGCGCCGGGCCUGCGAGGCGGCGUGGGGCUGGCAGGGAGGCUCCGGCGCGCAGGGGGAUGGAUGGCGGGCCUGGGGGGGGGGGUGAGGCGGGAGGAUGGGGCGCACGGGGGGGGGGUGUCUGGGGCAGAGGAAGGCAAGUGUGGGGCUCAGGUGGGGCUGCCCAGGUUGCGGCUCCCUGGGGCGCUGCACCCACACAAGGGGCCGGGCACCCACACUUUUCGGGGCCGGGGCCAUGCACGUGGGGCUGACUAGGUUUGGGGCUGUAGGUGCCCGGCAGUGGCGUAGCGUGGGGGGUGCAGGGGGGACCGGGCGCAACAUCUGGGGGGGCGCGCUCGCACUCGCAGCUCUCUGCCCCUACUAAAAUCCACGGGUUAGGGGGCGCAAAUUACUUGCCUUGCCCCAGGUGCUGACAACCCACGCUACGCCACUGGUGCCCGGGCACCCACAAAAGGGGCCGGGCACCCACACAUUCCGGCGCUGCACGGCACCCGACGCCCCCUGGCACCCACGAUCGCGGUUCCAAGUUGUGGCACCCCUGGCACCCACGGCGUGGGGCCGGGCGACGCGAGCCUCGGGCUGUGGGUGCGGGGAGGAGUUGGGUGCAACUCUGCACGCCAGGAAGGGCGUGGUGAGAGAAGGAGAGAGGAAGGUAAGAUCGUGCAAGAUCGUGGUGGUUUUUCUUUUUGGGUGUGUGUGCAAUUAUGCACAGAAGGGAGCUGGCAUAUCUGUUACUUAUUUCGUGAAAUUUAUACACCACUCAAUUGGGGUGGGGACACAACAACACCACCCCCCCAAAGAGAAGAUGGAGCAAUACUAUAGUGUGGCAUGGCAUUGUGGGUGCUGCAGGGAGGUUGCAGCAUAGCUGUCAACUUUUCCCUUUCCUUGUGAGGAAUCCUAUUAGGAAUAAGGGAAUUUCCCUUUAAGAAAAAGGGAAACGUUGACAGCUAUGGGUUGCGGGGUGUGGGGUGGGGCAAGAGAGACACAUGGGCUGGUGCCUUUGGAGUGGGGAGUGGCAGUGGGGAAGGGUUUAGCCUUCACAGGGAUUGGUUUGUAGAUGGUUGUCCUUCCUAGAAUGGGUGAGGAGCUGGCUAGGGUUUGACCUGUGUGAAAACUCCGGAGAUGCUAAAAGUAAAGGACCCCUGGACAGUUAUGUCUGGUUAAAGGUGACUAUGGGGUUGUGACGCUCAUCUCACUAUCAGGCCGAGGGAGCCACAGAAAGCUUUCCAGGUCAUGUGGCCAGCAUGACUAAACUGCUUCUGGCGCAACAGAACACCGUGAAUGAAACCAGAGUGCACAGAAACGCUGUUCACCUUCCUUCUGCAGCGGUACCUAUUUAUCAAUUUGCACUGGUGUGCUUUUGAACUGCUAGGUUGAUAGGAGCUGAGACAGAGCAACAGGAGCAUCACGGGGAUUCGAAUUGCCAACCUUCUGGUUGGCAAGCCCAAGAGAUGCUGUAGCAUAUGGUGAUAGGCUAGAAGAUGGGGCGAAUGUUGCCUGAGGCUGUGGGGAGAUGCAGAUUUGCACAGAAAUAGGGGAGAGAGAGUGAGGAGCAGGUGGAUCACAUAUCCGGAGGGUGCCUUGCCUUGCAUCUACAAAGUCCAUAGCUGCCUGCACCUGUUUCUCCUCCUUAAUUAUCCCUGCCCUUUUAUCAGUCCUUUCCAGGUACGCAGGCAGCAUCGUCCAUUUGCCUUACUCUACUCUUUGGAGUAUUUAGAGGAUUAGGCCUAGAGGGAGAUGGCAAGCAAAUGCCAAAGCAGUGGUGAGAGUGACAAAGGAGAGGGACAUUCAAGUACGGUAUAGGUGCCCACUGAUGCCCCACCCCUCAAAAUCUGCAGUUGAUCCUAUUCUUAGGGUGCAUCAUUCAAUUGCUGAUCUUCUAACAAAGUUAACUUGCCCAUCGGGUCAGCCUCUAUACCUGAGGGUUGGAAAAUGGCCAGUGAAACUCGAGUUAAAAACAACAACUAUGAACCGGGGGACCCUGGAAAUUACAGGCCAGUUAGCUUAACAUCUGUCCUGGGGAAACUGGCAAAAAGUAUUGCUCAAGAUAAAAUAAGCAUAUGGAAGAACAAGCUUUACUGAAGCAGAACCAGCAUGGCUUUGGUAAGAGCAAGUCCUGUCUCUUCAACUUACUAGAGUUAUUUGUGAAUGUUACCAAGCAUAUAGAAAGAGUUGGUAGGUUUGAGAAUAGUGUGUUUGGACUUUCCAACAGCUUUCGACAACAUACUUCCCCAACGGCUACUGAGUAAGCCUUGAAGUCGUGGAAUAAGAAGAGAGGUCUGUUUGUGGAUCAAGAAUUGGUUAAGUAGUCAGAACCAGAGAGUAGGAAUAAAUGGACACUUCUCUGAAUGGAGAGAUGUAGAAAGUGGGGUGAUGAUACUAAUUUGUUCAGGGCUGUUAAAGCAAAAAGAGAUUGUGAAGAUCUUCAAAAGGGUUUCUCCAAGCUGAGCAGUGUCCAAAAUCGGCCACUUGUGACCACAUGAAGAUGUGACCAAGUUAAAAAUACGACUUUCGAGCCAUCUGGCCCCCAAGUGGCAACUAGACAUUCUGUUUUGGCAACUGAACCCCUGGUUUAAGGACGUAUUUGAGGCCUAGCUUAUGUAUCUUGAGUUUCUAACACUGAGCUAGUGAACAGAAAAAGAAAAUCUUAAUUUCACAUAUAUGUUUAUGGGAUCUCAGCUGGUGAUGACUGACCAGGAAUGAGACUUUGGGGAUAUUGUGGAGAGCUCUGUGAAAAUGUUGCCCUAAUGAAAAAAAAGCAAAUUCUAUGCUAGGGAUCACUAGGAAAGGAAUUGGAAAUAAAACUGCUGAUACAGUGCAAAUCUAUGGUAUGACUGCAUUUGGAAUACAAUACAGUACUGUGUUCUGUUCUGAUCGCCUCACCUCAGAGUGGAUAGUUGGGAAAAGGUUCAGAAAAGGGCAACCAAGAUGUUCAAGGGGGUGGAGCAACUCCCCUAUGAGGAAAGGUUGCAGCAUCUGGGGCAGUUUAGAUUAGAGAAAAGGCUAGGAAGAACUGACAUGAUGGAAGUCUUUAAAAUGAUGCAUGGCACUGAGGAAGUGGAUAGAGAAAAGUUUUUCUCUAAUAGCAUUAGAACUCAUGGACAUGCAGUGAAGCUGAAUGUUGGAGGAUUCAGGACAGCUUUUUUUUUAAAGUACUUUUUGAUGCAGUGUAUAGUUAAGCUACAGGAGGCAGUGAUGACCUUCAACUUGGAUGGCUUUCAAUGAUGGUUGGGUAAAUUCAUGGAGGGUAAGGCUAUCCGUGGUUACUAGCCAUGAAGGCUAACAGCACCUGUGGCCAGAGGCACUAAUGCCAGUUGCUGGAAACCACAGAGAGGCAGAGUAAUCUUGUGCUCAGGUCCUGUUUGCAGGUUUUCUAGCAGGAUCUGAUUGGCCACUGUGAGAGCAGAAUGCCGGACUGGAUGGACCAUUUGCGUGAAACUAAGCGCUGUGGGUUAAACCACAGAGCCUAGGACUUUCUGAUCAGAAGGUUGGUGGUUCGAAUCCCCGCAACUGGGUGAGCUCCUGUUGCUCGGUCCCUGCUUCUGCCAACCUAGCAGUUCGAAAGCACCUCAAAGUGCAAGUAGAUAAAUAGGUACCACUCUGGCGGGAAGGUUUACGGCGUUUCCGUGCGCUGCUCUGGUUUGCCAGAAGCGGCUUAGUCAUGCUGGCCACAUGACCCGGAAGCUGUACGCCGGCUUCCUCGGCCAAUAAAGCGAGAUGAGCUCUGCAACCCCAGAGUCGGCCACGACUGGACCUAAAGGUCAGGGGUCCAUUUACCUUUACCUAAGCUACCUUACCUAUGAAGCAGGUGAAGACUUGGGUUGAGGCUGUGCCACAAUGUGAUGUGGCUGGACAAAAGGCAAUUCUAUUUUACUUGAGGUUGCAGAACAGUAUGAGGUAUGGAAACAAGCCCCUUGAGGCUGUUCCAAGUCAGCAAUGCAGAGGAUUUCUGCUGUUCAAGAUUAGAAUUCCAUCUUUUUCUAGCCCUGCUUGAGGCUUCUGUCAUGCGCAGUUGGGUUUCUAAAGGGACUUGCUCUGUGUUUUAAUAUAAAUUGCAGCGCAGCACAGUUGCAGUUGAAUUAUGGCAAAGAAUUGAUAACGUCAUGUUCAUAUAAGCAUACAGUCCGUUGCUGUCUGAGAAUUUUUUGCAAACAAUAUAAAUCUAAGAAAAAGAAGAAAAAAAACACACGCAAACAAAAGCAUGUGCUCUGCACAUUUUUUAAUGUUUAUUUGUGGUGGGGAGGGACCUGCUGACAAACCAAGUAACUUCUGAGGUAGAUUGUCUGGUGUAAUGUGUUCAGUAACACAGGAUGCAGGACUGAGAAAGGUCAGAUCGCUUGAGCCUCAUCGGAAGGUAGCUGUUACUUCUCUUCCAUUAGUGUAUGAAUGCCUUUAAGAGCUGCACAGCAGCAAGAAAUGAAGUAUGUGGCACUUUACCCUUUGAACCUUUGCCUGCAAUGCAGCUAUUGAGAGCGCACGAAUCCUGUCAGAAAAUGUGUAAGUCCUACAUGGGAGCAUCUUGUAGCUAUAGAGUGGGAUGUUUCCCUGACCAUGUCAUUCCAUGUGUUGGGGUGCAGGAGUAAGCCUGCAAGUGAGAAUUGGCAACAGGUCAUAGACUGGCCUUUAGAUGUCCAAAGCUGCUGCAACAGGCAGUUCAGAUGGGUGGCAUAAAAGUUUUGUUGGGAAUUACACAUGGUGAAGAGAUGCAGUAAUAACACUGGACAUGAAAUUAUUUAUCAUCAUCUUCAUCAUGUAUUUAAUUUGCACUCCAUCUUUCUACUAAAUGGUGCUCAAGGUAACUCUGUGGCUGUGGCAGUGCUGGAGAAGUGGGUGUUUGUCAGGAGGAGGUGAGAAAUUAUGAGGCAGAGCGGUGAUGGAGUAGUGGAAAUGAUGCAAGGAGUUGCAGAUCCACAGCUGGAAUAGGUCUGAAACCAGGGAUCAACUUGAGAUGGGGUGAUAAUGAGUAUGUGAUUGAAUGCAGUGCUUUUCCAGAACCUUAAAGACAAAAUAAAGUUAUUUAUUUUCAUGAGCUUUCAUGGAGUGGAAUCCUCUUCAUCAGAUGCAUGAAAUGUUAUCCUGAGUUAAUCAGUUCCCUUUAAUCUCAUCCUUUGCCUUGUUGUUUUCAGGGCUCUGUUUACCUAUGAGGGUAACAGCAAUGACCUGAGAGUGGCUGGGACAGGAGGUGAGUGCAUUUUGAGAAGUGUACCUUUUACUAUAUAAGUGGCCUGGGGAUUUUAUUUUUGUGUUUGUCUGUGCUCCUGUGUUUAUAGAGAAGAUUGCAUUUAUUUCUCUGCUUGACAAGCUGCUUUUUGUUACUCAAAUGCAACUUGCCCUGUGGCCCAGUUAGUCUUAUCUCUCUUGACAUUGUUCUGAAAGCAUCUCCCUUUUCUGCAUGCACCAUGAAAAGACCAGUUUCUUGAGUGGUUUGCCUGUUUUUGCUCAUUCAGAAACAAGCAGGAUUCUGAGAAGUGUUCAGUAAAAUGAAGCGUGGGAGGCAAAGUGAACGACACCUCCACUCUGUCAAGGGAAAGGAAGCAAGACAUUUUAUAUCGAGCGUGUUUUCAAUACAAUGUGGAAGUGAAGCGGUGAGGUUAAUAGUUUACAUGGCCAUUUUGAAAAUAAAUUAAACCUUUUGUGUGUGCUUCAGUGUCUGAAACAGAAACUCCAGAGGAAGAAAGUUAACUACUAGGCAGAAUGCCCGACUUAAGAUUAAAUGCAGUAUGUGAGGAAUUCUGUAUAAAAUGGCAAUUUCAAACAACUUAACUCCUUGGCAAGCUCACUCAUUUUUCAGCAAUGCCUGCAAAGAAACCUUAAAGUAAAAGUGAGGCAGGCUAGGAUCUCACCAUGAUGGGAUCUAUUGUCAAAAUGGUGUAGAUGUCAAAAGGCAAAACAUUUCUGUUACUGGUGAAAUUUUCACUUUUCUUCCCAAUACUUAUGCCCCGUGGCAUGAAUUACAUACAGUAGUGGAGGUUAAAGGAAGCCUUUCUGCUUUGCCAUGAUUUAUGAAUUGGUAAUCCAUGGUUUGUGAUCAGCUAGCAAAUCCAGUUGGUUCAGCCUGGGUUUGCAAGCUAUGGCAUACUUACUAGCAUUCAGGCUCCCCCCCCCCUAUGUAUUAUUGUAGUUUAUUUCAUUUAUUGUAAAUAUUAUAGUCAUGGGAGAGUUAAUGCUAUAUACAACUGGUUAAAGUUAAAAGUUGGCUGCCUUUCAAUUGGUUAAAAUACAAGUUUAGAAGAGAGCAAGGCUUCAAACCUAUCCGUACUUAGUAAGCCCCAUUGUAUUUAGUGGGACUUACUUCUGAGUAGACAGGGAAAGCAAACACAUUUCUAAAUCACAAUUUGCGCAGUGUUUUCACACCAUGAUGUGGAUUCUAAACUAUGGUUAGGGCUAAGCCAUGUUUUGGGUGUGUCCGAACCAAGUCAGAGUAAUGCUUUCAAGCCAUUAACUCUUGAUGGUUCCAAUAAAAAAAAGUUUAAUUUGCCUGAGACCAGUCUUUCUCGUGCUUUUAAUAGGUGUGUGGGAAAUAGAAUGAUGGAAGGUGCUAUUUCUUCAUUAGUGACUGUUUUAUUUAUCAUAAAGCUUCAAGGACAGAAGCAAUUUUCCUUCUGUAGCUAUGAAGGGCAGAGACCACAGUUCCUGGAAAUCUUAAUAGGAAGGCAGUAGAAAAGGAGAAGCUCCAUGUUGAAGACAGCUCAUCUAAAACCUCUUCUCCUUCAGCUGUAGAAAAAGGGAAGCAGCUUUUUUUGGGGGGGGAGGAUUUGAUGGGUGAGAAAGAAUUAAAGUUCAGCUGUGGUCUGGGCCUGAGAAGUUAGCUUCUUCAAAUUUGACCUGUGUUUUGAGAUGACUGGUUCCUACAUAAGGGAAUUAAAAUAUGCGACUGUCAAAAGAAUACAGCUUUAAGAGGAACCUGUUACUGUAAAAUUAAAAAGUUUCUCAAAUAAAAGGUAACAUAUCUGAUGAUGAGGUCAUAAGGAGUAGCACUUCGUAGAAAAGUGAACUUUGCCUUUGAAAUUGUUGCAGCAACAAAAUUGCAGGGGCAAAUUAUGAGUGGAUAGACUUUGAUUCUGAAGUGUGGGUUAUGUCAACAGAACAUAUUUUUGCUUUGUUCAGGGCACAGAAUGUGUGUUUCUGCCAUAUUUAAAAAUGCCUUCACCCUGUGCUUCCCCAAGGGUUCAACUCCUGAGAUCACUUAAAUUGGCAUUAAGUCCUAUUGAAUAUGGUGAGACUUGCUUCUGCCAAGCUCUGCCCAAAGUCCUUAAAAAUGCACACACUCCAGGUUCUGAGAAAAAGUGAAUGCACAAAUAAUAGAAACCAUCCAAAUAGGUAGAAGGUGUGCUUUCUUGCUGUUAACUUUUUGUUAGUGGUGAGAACUGACAGGCUUAGUGCUGAACAGGGUGGUGCUGGUAGUAAAAAGGUAAGAUCCUGCACCUCCUGAAGCAUGUCCUUAACUACCGUAUUUUUCGCUCUAUAACACGCACCCAUAUUUUUCGCUCUAUAACACACACCCGACCAUAACACACACACAGUUUUUAGAGGAGGAAAACAAGAAAAAAAAUCUAAACGAAACAGUGGAUGUAUGAUUUUUGUGGUUCAUGCUGUGGCCACAGACAUGUGAUCUGACGGUGAGUUUGGGGUAGCCCAAUGCAAAAACCCUGAGGAUCCAUGUGGAUCCAUGCUUUGUAACCACAUUUUUGCACCACUGCGGCCCCAGGCAACAGUGGGUGUGUGCUUUUUUUGGUGCAAGCUGUAGCCAUGGACAUGCUCUGUGAUCUGAUGGUGAAUUUGGGGUGACCCAGUGCAAAAAUCCUGAGGAUCCAUGUGGAUCCGUGCUUUGUAACCAUGUUUUAGGUGGGGAGGGAAGGAAAAGCACUCAAGGGACAAGGAGCACGCGUGGGGUGUGUGGAGAAGGAUGCUGCUAAUAAUGCAGAAGAGGGUAUAAGAGGAGAAGGAACACGCGUGGGGUGUGUGGAGAAGGAUGCUGCUAAUAAUGCAGAAGAGGGGUUUAAGGGGAGAAGGAACACGUGUGGGGUGUGUGGAGAGGGAUGCUGCUAAUAAUGCAGAAGAGGGGUAUAAGAGGAGAAGGCUCCUCUCCUCUCCCGCUUUGCUCCUUUGAAGCAAGCAGGCUCUGCUUCUCUCCCACCUCCCCAGCUUAGCGCUUAGCGAUCUGAAAAACCUCGCUGCUAUUUCGCGAGCUGAGUGGGGAGAAGAGAGGGACAUGGUUGCUUUAAAGGAGCCAACCAGACAGGAGCCGCUUACACUUGUGUAAGCGGCUCCUCUCCUCUCCCGCAUUUCUACUUUGAAGCAAGCAGGCUCUGCUUCUCUCCCUCCUCCCCACUCAGCGGCUCUUCUCCCGCUUUGCUGUUUCAAAGCGAGCCACGGAGGAGGGAAGGAAGGGGAACCAUGGAUCCUCUGCUCACGACUGCAGCAGAUCCCCCCCGCCACCCGCAGGCAUUCGCUCCAUAACACGCACAGACAUUUCCCCUUACUUUCUAGGAGGAAAAAAGUGAGUGUUAUGGUGCAAAAAAUACGGUAUGUUCUGGAUUGUAGUGUUUUGCCCAACCUCCAAAGUAUCUAUAACUGUUAGAUUCUGCUUCUGAACUGAGUUCCCCAAGCAUUCUCUGCAAGAAUUCUGGGAAAACAGCAGGAUCCUAAAUGUCUUCAUGCUUUCAGCUAAUGUGCUUCCUGAAUAUUUUAUGGCGGAGUAAUAUUUCUAGACGGAUGUUCCGUCCUUCCUCAGUGGUUCAAUUUACCAACAAUGUUCCUUUGGUUAGCUUGGAAUUUGUAUUUCCUCUUCCAAUAGCAGCUUUCAUAUUGGCUUAUUAUUCUGGUAGAAAUCAAUAGGAGACAGUGACUCUGUUAUCUUUUGUCUUAAUUGUAUGCUGAAAAGAUCUAAAGAAACUACAAAAUUUACGAUUCCUAAUACCAUUGUUCUAUCAAAUUUAUGUGACAGUCUGGCCUGGCAGGGAGUCUAUUGUGACCCAUAAGGCAGUUUUUUGCUCAGCCAUGCCCGCUUGUCAAUAUGGUGACAUCACCUACACCCCCUGUCAAUCAUCUGUGGUCAUUUGCAUUGUUUCUGCGUUGCUGCAGCAAUGUCCGGUGUUGAUUGCCCUUUCUGCUGCAAAAGAAUGAGCCUUACAUUCUCAGCCAUGUGAGGUAGAUUAGGCUGAGAGAGACUGGUUUAUUUUUGGUAUCUUCCAGUGAGGUUUGUAAUUGAACAGGGAUUUGGAGCAGAGUUUCCCAUGUCCAAAUCCCAGCAUUUUGUCUGCUACAUUACCUCUGUGUGUUGUAGAAGGCCAAUUGUGUUAGUAGGUUUAUAUAAACAAAGGCUAGGCUCCAAAUAACCAUGGAACUAGUUCUGUGUAUCCAGUGGGCUUUAGACUUGGGCUUUCUUGAAUAGAAGACGCUCUAAAUUCUGCAUAUCAAGCGUUUUGAAACAGAAUGGAGUGUCGAAAGCUUCAGUGAGGGCGGUUUUGUGAGCUGUAUGGGGACCAGCUUUUCACAGCAAAAAAAGAAGCCACGCAUUUCACUGCACUAAUGCAAGUACUGUUAUGAGCAGUCUUAAUGUGUGACAUUGUAUUUCAGCCCCUAUUUAUAAACACUUUGAGCUAAUGGAUGUUACCUGUUGUGCAGUGUGAUUUAAUCUUUGUCCUGUCCUUGCUUACCGGAUUUUGUUGACAAAGUUAAUCGGUUGCUUUGACUUCUACCUGUUAUUCUUCUCGUCAAACUAUACUAUACAGAUGGUGGCCUGGAGGAGAUGGUGGAAGAGCUCAAUAGUGGGAAAGUGAUGUAUGCUUUCUGCAGAGUGAAAGAUCCGAACUCCGGCUUGCCUAAAUAUGUGCUCAUCAAUUGGGUAUGUAGAAUAUGGUUCCGUUUGGCUAUGGAAGUUAGGGGAUGUAGCCUUCGUUAUGAAAAAGAUGAAGCCCUUUCACAGUAAAGCACCAGUGUUAGAUAAUCCAACACCUAGAUCCCAGCUGUAUCACACGUACCAAUGCGGCUGUUCAGGUGCAACCCUAAUCCAGGGUCUUUCCUCUUUUCCCUCAUGCACAGAGAUCAGCACCAAUCCUAGUUUGUGAUAGUUGUUUGCAGAUUGUCCAAACAGACUCUUUUUUUGUGUGUGUGUGCCUGCCAGCAAAUGAAUGUUUGGUCCUCCUUUGCAGGCAAGUGUGCUUGUUUGUGUGAAACAUUGUUCUAUGGCUUACCACAAAUAGGGAACUGGAAAUGGCUAAUCUCUGUGUGCAAGGGGAAGAGAGAGCCCCCAGCAUUUGCCUCGAUGAUGAAAAGGCCACCAACACUGGGGCUGCAACCCUGUGCAAAGUUAUCUGUGAUGUUAGUCCUAUUUUAACUUAACUUUCUUAACAAAGAUGUAUAAAAUCAAAUGUUUUAAUCGCAGUCACUAUAUAUAUAGAGAGAGAGAAUUUAAAAUAUAAGCAUUCAUUUUAUAUUGCCAAGGGGGGCCUUGCAAAGCUGCUGCAAAUUCUCUGCACAAAUGUUAAGGAAACUUCAGUGAAAGAGCAAACAGCUGACUAGAAGGAAAACAAGAUAGCAGAAAGUGGGGCAAAAGUUGUAGGAAGUAUGAUCAGCCUUAUGGAAACUGCCAGCCACUACCACUAAGACUUCUCUGGAAAAAACACAUUAAUAUGAAAUGUGUAGAUGAUGUCAUAAACUAGGUUUUUUUUUCCAGUUUACUUAUUUCGAUAAUUGGAAGUUUAGGUUAACAUUUAGAAUGGCAGAAAUUAUUAACUAAAACUGUUCCAUUAAUGUUUUAAUCUGAGAAUUUAGUGAUAUUUAGAAUUCAGGCUUUGCAAACCUUCCACCUUUUUUGCCUCCUAGUUCAGACUGCCAUGUAUCCUUUUCACCCCAUUCUUCCUGGUCUACAGUUGAGGAGCUGGAUCUUGUAAUGAUAAAUGGCUCUCUUAGAAUAGUUAACAUAAACAGUUUGUAGAGAAGUGCCAUUGGAGUCCAGUCCCUUCAGUAAUUCUAUUUUGGUCAAACUUCAAUGUCUAUACUAGGACAACGGCUUAUUAGGCCAGCCAAAAGGUCGCAAAAGAGUUUUCAAACUUCCUAGUUCACAGUUUCCCAAGCUUCUCAGUUCAUGGACCCCUUGAUCAGUUUAUAAAGUUAUCAUCAACCCCAAACCAAAUUCUUAGGAGCAUAGAUGAAAUGAUGCCAAGAAAUAUCAAUCUAUAACCAACAUUUAUUAACCAUAAAUCACCAUAGCUAAGAGUCAUAACUUUAAAAAAAUUAAGUACAACUAAAAUAAAAAAGUAAAAGUGCACCUGUAUACAUUUUUUUUCAGUAAAGCAGCAUGCUCUGAGAAAACUGUUGUAUUACAGAAUCAUUAAGUACAGAGGUUCCUCAUCAGCAAGAGGGGAGCUCUUUGUACAGGAGCAUAUUCUUUAUUUCUGAGGCUCGCGUUUCUCAUUAAUUUUUUGCACUGUAUCUUGCAAACUUCCUUUCUACCCCAGGCCCUUUUUGACCCUAUGGUCUUUAUUCGCAGUCCCAUAGACUCCAGGGUGUCAAUCUCAGCUGCAGUACUUGGGGAAACAUAGUGCUAGAUGAUAAACCAAGCAGGAUGGAGGUGAAAAAAACCAUGCCUGCUGUUGAAGUCAUGGCAUUUGUUGCAUCCGGUCAUGGACUCAAGAUGGAAUGCCACAAGAGGCACAAGAGUCAUGGAAAGGAGGCUCUGUUAGAUGAUAUACUGGUUUCAGUUUACACCAAGACCUGCGGAGAAGAAGGAACAUAAAAUGAUUUAUCAGCAACUCCCCCCACCCAAAAAAGCUCUCUGGAAAUAUAAAAUCCAGCUGUUACCCAGGUCUGUCUCCAUGUGUGUUCAAAGUGUUUCUUUCCUCCUCCCAUCUUCAGUUGCCAGUUGGCAACUCUGUUGGAGUAAAGUAAAUAACCCUUGAUAUGUGGCGUGUCCCCCACUCCCCACUUAAGCUCCUCAUGUUUUCUUUUCAUAGUUUGGUGAAGGCGUUAAUGAUGUGAGAAAGGGAGCCUGCGCCAACCAUGUCAGCUCUGUAGCAAACUUCCUAAAGGUAUUUAAUCUUCCGUUUUAUUUUCCAUCCUCGUCUUUCCUUUCAGCUGAAUGCCCUCCCGUAUAAAUGGCUCUGUGGUCAAAUGGUAUCAGGAGUUUGGGGUGUGUCAACCUCUGUGCUCCCCGAAUGGUAGGAGGUUUUGUGGGGUGACCUAUGAGUCGCUUUUGGGGUGGGGGAGGACACUGGAGACUUAAUGCUGCUCUGUAAUUCCCUAUUAGAAAUCAAGCAGUAGGGAAUAGGCAGCUACCAGACAGACGGUGCUAGUCUUGAAACCUAAUUGGCCCCCAGCAGCAAAACUAGAUGGAACUUUAAUCUGACCUGGCAGCACUGCUCUUGCAACUCGAAAUAGCCACUAACCAGUCAGAAGCCAUUCAGUAAGCAGUGAGCAAUAUCAAGCCAUACCAAAGUGAACAUCCUUCCUGCAGGACAGCAAUCCUCCAUAUAUUUCCCCGUUAUCACAUCCACGCAGUUUGGGCUCCUUGAACCUUUCUUGUAUUCAUCUGUUUUUAUUUCCUGACCCACAUACCAAGCACUUGGGGUAGGGCAGGAUUUAUCCUUACGGAUUUUUCUCCUUGCAGCAGGAGUGGAUUAGACUAAUGGUUUUAGUAAUUUAUAUGUCUGAGCCCAGUUGCGCCCCUAACACCCAUUGUCUUAUGCUCUGGUAACCUCUAGGUUAGAUUACAGUGGUUUGUUAUACAUGGGGCUGGCUCCAAAGAUUGUUCAGAAACUUCAGCUGGUGCAGAAUUCGGUGGCCAGGUGGGGCAAGGUGGUUUGAGCAUUUGACACCAAUCCUGGCCUGUCGGCACUGGCUUCCAAAUAGUUUCCAGACCCAAUUUGAAGUGCUGGUUUUGACCUAUAAAGCCUUAAACAGCUCAGGACCACAAUACCUCCAAAUACGUAUGUGCACGAGAUUGACAUUUGUUGGAAAUAGGUUCAAAUGUAGUGAGGUUCUCAGACCAUUUACAUACAGGCAACUUGCAAUUUGCAUUGGCUGGCUUCGCGGUUUUUCCUGCAUCGUGAUUUUUGCCAGUUCCUGCUCUUGUGAUUCACUUACCCCUGCAGGAGGCAGGGGUGAGCUGAGCUGGCAGAGUUAACAGGGGUGACGAGAGUCGAGAGAAACAUUGGCUGGCUUUGUGUUUUUUCAGGCAUUGUGAUUUUUGUACAGCACACACAUAAAUUGCCAUGUCAAAAAUUAUGAAACAGUUAUCACGAUACGGACUUCAAAUGGUUUUGGACGAUAUAGCAAUAUAUCACCCAGCCCUACUUUCAUCACCCAGCAGCUCACCUAAAGCACAACGGGAACCUUCUGAUUUCUCAUCCCCAGUCUCUGCACAGUGCAGUCCUAGGGGAUAAGGGUGGCUGAGACUACGAAAUUUGCAGCUGAGUUACUGCUUAUUGCCAGAAGUCAGGAAUGCAAGAUGAGAUUAAAGUAGCGGAAAAGCUACAAAAACUUGGAGUUUGUGGGGAAGGAAAUACCACCUCAGAGCAUUCAGAUACAUUUUGGAGGGGGAGGGAGCAUGGAAACGACCCUAGUGAAAUUGUUUUUAUACAAGCCACCUUGGGGGGAGUCCUUUUGUGUUGAACGUUCUGGCAGAAAAGAGAGAGAGAGAUUCCAGAUUGCCCUUCACUAGAGCAAGAUUUAGUCUUGGACUGACUGAUGAUGCUCUCCUGCCCUCUAGCUCUCCCUUCUCUCCAUCUCAUUUCAGGGUGCUCAUGUAACAAUAAAUGCUCGGGCUGACGAGGAUGUGGAGCCAGAUGCCAUCACAGAGAAAGUGGCCAAGGCUUCGGGAGCAAACUACAACUUUCAUAAAGAAGGCAGCAAGUUCCAGGAGGCAGGUCCUCAGACUCCAGUGGUGAGUUGCUCUGAGCUCUUGGUAGCAUUGGUUGUGGCAUACAGGAGGAGGAACAUUGUGGUGAAUGGACUGGCUAGGCUGCUGAGAACUUUUUGUUGGCACCUGAGCUAAAAUAAAUAACCUACACCGAAGGCCAAUAGUUUGUAUGGCAUGUGUUGCUUCACAGAAGCAGCUUGUCUUGGAGCUUUAAUUUAGGAGCUUGUGUUGUGAAGAGACAAGGGAUUAGAUUUCGUCUCUUUAAAAAAAAUAAUUGGGGAACCUGGGGGUUCACAGUGCCUCUGGAAGGCCCACCUCUUCCGUUCCAAGUUCCAAGGAAGGUGUCCCAGGGAGAGCAGGUGUAGGGAAGAGCUAUUUGCAAGGAUGGAGUCUUCAAAAACAAUGCUUUAAUUUUUUUAAAAUUGGUUUCAGUAAGCAUGCAAAAACAACAAACUAAAAGUGAAGAAUAGCCAUUCCACCACAAAGCCAGUACAUAAAGAAAUCUCUAAGGUAGCAUUUGUUGCAGGAGGUUUAAAUGAGGCAACUGAUUUAUUAACCCAAGUGACAAAAAAAAGAACCAUAUAGUAUCAAAUCGUACCUUUUUAAAGCGAGACCCCUCACAGUGCUACUUCCCAGCCUCUUGAUAACCAAUUACUCAAUGUAAAGCCAGCUCCUGUUUUCCACUUAGCUGCUGCAUGGUUGGAAAUCUCAACUGAUAAAAAAAGCCACCAGGAUUCAUGCUUUCAAAAGGUAUCUGUGCUAGAGGAGGGGAGGCUGCCCUCGCCCUGCUGGAUGGAGAGGCCAGAGUGGUUUGAAAGAUUGGAUCUAGUUUGGUGUGUAUGAAUCGUAUGUGUGUAUGUUUGUGAGUCUAGGUUGAAUGAGGGGUUGGGAUAUACAUGAACGACUUGAAGGAAUACCUCCUCCCACAUCGACCUGCCUAGGUUUUAAGAUCAGUAGGGAGGCCCGGUUGUUAGGGCCAUUGCCCUCUGUGGUUUGAGGAGGGCUUUUUGUGCGGAAUGCCUUUUCCUCUGAUUUGUGCCCUCCGCCAUAGUUUGGUUUUUCGCCAUUGGUCAGGGUGCGCUUCUUUACCCAGGCCUUUUGGCAGAUGUGUCCCCUCCUCCUGCGAUGCUGCUGCUGUUUUGUCAUUGGUGGGUUUUGUGUUUUUACGGGUGGGUUUGCAUUUCAUUUAAAAACGUUCCUUUUUAACCAGGCCUUUGGUUGAUUUGAUUGACAUCCUAUGCCCUUUUAAGAUGUGGUUUUGGGGUGGGGGUAGGGGUAUUGGGUUGUUGUUGUUAUUGUUGUUAUUAUUAUUAUGAUAAUGAUGUAUUUUGUGGUUUUAUAUUCUGAUUUUAUUCUGUGAACCAUCCUGAGACUUGUGGGUAUAAGGCGGUAUAGAAAUUCAGUUAAUAAUAAUGCAAACUGAAUUUGUUAUAACUGUGACAUUUUUGCAGCCCAUUCUUUGGUGCAUAGCAGGCUAUACAUACAAGUAAUAAAAAAUAAAAUAAAUAUGUAGGGGGGUUGUUUUAAGUAAAGUAUCACCUUAAUUUAAGAACACCCUCUAUGCUCUCUCAUUUUCUUAAGAAUUUUUAAAGAAUCUUAAAAAGAGAAAUUGUGCAAGAUAGAAUGUGUGUUUGUAGGAUGGUGUUAGUCGCACUUCCUACCCACAUGCAACCGCUGACAAUCACAAAGGAGACGAUGCCUUCAGUGGGGGGUGGGGACUCACCAUUCCUGGUUUUAAGGGAAACAGGUAGUUUUCAGAGCUCCUGAGAAAUAUAGACUGACAUGACAAACUCUACAAGAAUACGUUGGGAUCUGAUGGGUAGCAUAACCUUAUUUACUGUAUAGAAUUGGUUGUGAAAAUCACCUCUGUCAGAGAUUAUGUUUUCAUAAAAAUCCAAGGCUGUUACUUCAGACAGGUGGAAUAAGGGCUCCUGUCCUCUUCUGAAGAUGCAGGUGAAUGUGCUAUUGAGAAUAGGUGUAGAAAGAUGCAGAAGAACACAGGAUGCUUCUGGACCAGUAUCUUCGGUCUUAUUCAACAUCUUUAUCAACGACUUGGAUGAUGGACUCAAGGGCAUCCUGAUCAAAUUUGCAGAUGACACCAAACUGGGAGGGGUGGCUAACACCCCAGAGGACAGGAUCACACUUCAAAACGACCUUGACAGAUUAGAGAACUGGGCCAAAACAAACAAGAUGAAUUUUAACAGGGAGAAAUGUAAAGUAUUGCACCUGGGCAAAAAAAAUGAGAGGCACAAAUACAAGAUGGGUGACAUCUGGCUUGAGAGCAGUACAUGUGAAAAGGAUCUAGGAGGCUUGGUUGACCACAAACUUGACAUGAGCCAACAGUGUGACGCGGCAGCUAAAAAAGCCAAUGCAAUUCUGGGCUGCAUCAAUAGGAGUAUAGCAUCUAGAUCAAGGGAAGUAAUAGUGCCACUGUAUUCUGCUCUGGUCAGACCUCACCUGGAGUACUGUGUCCAGUUCUGGGCACCACAGUUCAAGAAGGACACUGACAAACUGGAACGUGUCCAGAGGAGGGCAACCAAAAUGGUCAAAGGCCUGGAAACGAUGCCUUAUGAGGAACGGCUAAGGGAGCUGGGCAUGUUUAGCCUGGAGAAGAGGAGGUUAAGGGGUGAUAUGAUAGCCAUGUUCAAAUAUAUAAAAGGAUGUCACAUAGAGGAGGGAGAAAGGUUGUUUUCUGCUGCUCCAGAGAAGCGGACACGGAGCAAUGGAUCCAAACUACAAGAAAGAAGAUUCCACCUAAACAUUAGGAAGAACUUCCUGACAGUAAGAGCUGUUUGACAGUGGAAUUUGCUGCCAAGGAGUGUGGUGGAGUCUCCUUCUUUGGAGGUCUUUAAGCAGAGGCUUGACAACCAUAUGUCAGGAGUGCUCUGAUGGUGUUUCCUGCUUGGCAGGGGGUUGGACUCGAUGGCCCUUGUGGUCUCUUCCAACUCUAUGAUUCUUCAGUUCAGAUACUCCUGUUAUCUCAAAGCUACCACUUGUGCAACCUACCCGUUUGCUGCAGCACAAUCUGACUUUUCUCACUGAAUUAUCAAACUGAAUACAAUUGUACCUCGGGUUAAGUAUUUAAUUCAUUCCAGAGGUCCAUUCUUAACCUGAAACUGUUCUUAACCUGAAGCACCACUUUAGCUAAUGGGGCCUCCUGCUGCUGCCGUGCCGCCGGAGCCCAAUUUCUGUUCUCAUCUUGAAGCAAAGUUCUUAACCCAAGGUAAUAUUUCUGGGUUAGUGGAGUCUGUAACCUGAAGCGUAUGUAACCUGAAACGUAUGUAACCCGAGGUACCACUGUAAAUAAUAGUGCAAAUAGUUAAUAUUGCAGUAACACAUUAGUUCACUAUUGGUAUAUUUUUGUUACAAAGCUGUAGGAAGUGGACUUAGAAAAGACACAAAAGAGGGCACAUGGGAAGCCCCUGGAAUUCAGUGUAACAAAUUAUAUAUUUAACCCGAGGUACCACUGCAUUAGUAUUCUUAAACUGGAAAUCUGCCUCUCUCUCCCACUGAUAUGCUUCUAGAUAGCUGCUGGCAAGUCUUAAUUGAUUAGUCAUAAAAUCCUCUCUGCGGGAAACAGUGUGCCACCUAAAGAUCUUUCCUUCCACCUUUUUUUUGGGGGGGGGAGGCAGGCGUAAGUGCCCCAUAAUUCUUGCAUUCUGGUCCUUUGUUGGAAAAAUUCAUGAGGAAGCUUUAAAAUGUCAAAAUGCAUGCAUUCCUGAAAGGACUGUACUUGCAUUUCGUUGACUAGGAUUACCCUAUAUAUCGACAUCACUCACUAGAUGUUGGGAGCAUUUAGCUAUGCAGAAAUUAAGACAUCAGGUUUAGGAAGCGCUUGGUCAAUAGUAAAUUGCCUUUUCUUCUCUGUUAGGUUUCUAUUUGUAAUAUUUUUUCUAUUUGUAAUAUUUUAUGUUUUAAAAUUAAUUGCCUGUUUUAAUCAACUUCUCACAUGCUCUCAGAUUAAUUUAUUUAAUAUCUGGACGAGUUAUUUUUGAGGUUGUGUUAAUGGGAGUUAAAUUUGGCCUUCCAACAAACUGUUUUGGAAGAUGAAAGUGAUUGUAGGCGGAAGAAUGUGGAAAUUAAGUAGAAAUUUGCAAAAGGGAAAUGGACGUUUACAAAUUUCAGAAUCUGCAUCCUAGAGAGAGAGAGAGAGUUUAUCCUUUUGCUUUGUGACUUCUGAAUGGAUCUGGAUAAUGCUGCUGAUCCUGUUUGGAGUUCCUAAGCGAGAAAUCCGGGUGAUGACACUGAUGUCAUUCAGAUGGCAGCUCUCAUUAUUAUUAUUAUGUUUUAUUAUUAGUAUUUUAUUAUCUCUGCCAAGUUUUAAGUACUGAGAGUAUUAACUUAUCUGCAUCUGGUUAUUAUUAUCUUUCUCCCUGUCCUGACCAUUUAUAUUUAUAAUCUUUCAAUUUGGCUGAUCUAUUUACUUAACCGACCUGGAACAAUCUACCAGAGAAAAGGCCGCCGCCCAUGGGACAGAGGGUCAUUGAUGAAUGAUAAUCCAGCUUUUACCUAGGGUUUUAAUAGGCCAUAAGAUUGUAUGGCAACUAUAUUUGUAAUGUAUUUUUGUUGGUGUUUGUCCUUCGAUGCUAUGGCCUGUUGGCUACGCAAAUAAAGUCUUUGUUGUUGUUGCUGUUUGGAGUUCACAACUGCCAUUGCUCCACAUGUGUGCUCUGAAUUGGCCGCUGAUAUGACUGAUGGCAUUUUUUAAAACCUUAUUUGUACCGGAAGAUUUGCAGAAAGCAAAGAUACUUUUUCUUGAUCAUUGAUCAGUGAAGCACUUCCCGCUGCAAAUAUUUCCUUCCUCCUUUUCUUGCUCUUUUGAAGUUCCGUUGCCUCUUCCCCUUGAAAAAUCUUAUCUCUGUUCUUUUCAUCUUUAGCAGCCACAUUUUCACAUCCCAGCAGACCACUAACCAUCGUUUACUGUGAAUGAGGAUUGUGCUAAUGCAUACUCUUGAAUUGUACUUGUUUGCAAUCUCUAACCAGUCAGAUGGGUGGCGUAUAAAUAAUAUUAUUAUUAUUACUACUAUUACUAUUACUUUUACUAUGUAGAUGGGCAGACUGGCUAGUAAAAUUACUUGGUCCUGUAAUUCUUGCACUUUCCUGCAUAGCUGAGCUCACAGAUGUGAGUUAAAAUGUGGCUUAAUGCAUUCUUACUACCUCCUUCCCCAAGACCUUUGCAGCCAGGGAAUAUUCUCAAUUUGAAUGUCCUCUGUAAUGGUUUGAGUAGAAUAUACGAAGUAUUUUGUUAACACUUCCCAAAUUCAGUAUAAUGUGGCUCUAAGAAGUGUAGACUUAGCAGCUUCCAUGCAUUUUAUUUAACAACUAAUAGCAACUAAGGAUGUUUUUUAAACUCUGUGAUCCUCUUACACAACAGGGCUCGGUCUACCAGAAAACUAAUGCCAUGUCUGAGAUCAAAAGAGUCAGCAAAGAUAGCUUCUGGGCCAAAGCAGAGGUAUGUACUUAAUUCGAACAACUUCCGUGUGCCUGUUUUUGCUGGGGUGGUCUUGCAGUUCCCUCAUGUUUUCAUUGCAUGCUUUAUCUCAUUCCUUGCAAAGCAAAAGCAAUUAGUUUCAAACCAGUGGAGCAGAGUCUGUGUUUGUAACUAAGCUGUAUCAGAGAGGCUGUAAAGCGUUUUGGUUACAUUUUCAUUUAUAUUGGUGCUUCCUGCCCAAAGUAUUUCCUGGCAUCCGCAGAAAGGGUGUUGUGCCAGCAGUCCCUUUGCACUGGCUUUCUGUUCACUUCCAGGCACAAUUCAAGCAGCUGGGUAUGACCCGUGGAGCCCUGAAUGACUUAGACUCCAUUAAAAUCUCUGAGAUCCACUCAAGUCACCCCUCUUAAUGACAACAGCUCUUUGUCUGGUUCAGAUCGAAAAGGUGAGAACAGCAGUCGGCUGUUCACUACUGACAGAACUCCCUUUUCAAUGCAAAUUCUCCAAAGUCCAAGCCCUGGACAAUUUUCGGAACACCGAUUUUCAGAGCAGUCUAGUCUACUGAGCCCAGUAGACGGCCUAGUUUUGGGAGCUAAGUUUUAACUUGGGCAUGGAGAGAGAAAUCAAAAUGUUGUGCAGAUAAAUUAUUUGAGUGGUGGGUGAGGAUGGAGCAUUGUUGGAGAGCUAGUAUGGUGUAGUGGUUAAGAGCGGUGGACUUGUAAUCUGGUGAACCAGGUUUGCUUCCCCGCUCCUCCACAUGCAGCUGCUGGGUGACCUUGGGCCAGUCACACUUCUUUGAAGUCUCUCAGCCCCACUCACCUCACAGAGUGUUUGUUGUUGGGGGAGGAAGGGAAAGGAGAUUGUUAGCCGCUUUGAGACUCCUUCGGGUAGUGAUAAAGCGGGAUAUCAAAUCCAAACUCUUCUUCUUCUUGUUGUUGUUCUGUUUAUAUGUCCUGCACCUUCAGGAUGUGAUGGCCUAUUUAAAAAAUAUAAAUUAUUUGUCCUACUGUGAAAGAGGCACGUUGAAGCACCUUCCAGGGGAGGGCCCUGGAAAUAAAGAAAUUACCAUUCAUGGUGGAGUUCUGUAUUACGCUGACCUCAUAGCAUGAGUUAUUUGUAAAGUGUGUUAGAAUAAGGAGUAGAAGGUGAUAAGUCGACUUGUCGGCAUUAAAAAUGGAAAAGAACUAAGGUGCAACCAUUAAAUACAACAUACUUUUGAACCUCUAACUUGGCCACCAUAGGCAAAUUAGAUGUUUCUCCCAGGCAAGUGGCCAGGCUGCCAGAAGAGGUAUGGAAAAGCCUUGCACUUUCUUCUGCAAUCCACUGCAUUUCUGUGCUGGAUAAUGGAGAAGGAAGGAUCCCUCCUUUUCAUCUAGCAGGCUAACAGCGGAGACAGAAAUCACCCCAUCCUUUCUCCAGCAAGAUACAGAGGGGGUGAAGCUCUCUCCUCCAAAUCAAGCAACGAAACCAAGAGGGCUGCCAUCAGCCUGCUCUGCUACUACGCUAGACACCCAGCAGGCGAACCUCUUGCAGAUCAAACAUAGAAACGUGCUGGGCUUGUGCCAAAGAGACAGAACAGUCUGUUCUUUUACCACUAGCCCACUACUGCUAGUUAGUGUAGGCCAGUCUUUCCCAAACUUGGGUCUCCAUCAGUUUUUGGACUACAGCUCCCAUCAUCCCUAGCUAGCAGGACCAGUGGUCAGGAAUGAUGGGAAUUGUAGUCCAAACCCCCCCCCCCAAUGGAGACCCAAGUUUGGGAAACCCUGGUGUAGACAAUACUGACCUGGAUGGACCAAUGCUCUGACUUGGUAUAAGGCAAAUUUCCAUGUUCCUGUACUGGACAAGCAGGAUGCGACUUCACCUCAUGCGCAGCUGCCAUAGAAACAGGGCAGGCUAGUGGAGGAGGGAUAGAUCAAUCCUUUCUUUGUUCCUAUGCUGGAUGCACAAGAAGGUGAAGCCCACUCCCACAUAAACAGCGCAGAAACUCAGUGGGCUGGUGGCAGAGGCGCAGAUCCCUUCCUCCAUUCCUCCUCCAUUGUGCUUCUACAUUAGACAUGACAGAGGCAAAGCUAGUAAUUUUGAGGGGCUGGGUGAAUGUUUUAACAUAGAGUGUGAGUAGACUAAGAUUCACGUCUGGUGGAAGGGGAGGAAGUAACCUAUUCUUCAAAGGUUGCUGCUUUUAAUUCGGACUUGUUGCGCUCACCCUUUCAGAAAGAUGAGGAGAACCGCCGACUAGAAGAGAAGAGGAAAGCAGAGGAGGAGCGUCAACGCCUGGAGAAAGAGCGCCGAGAGCGGGAAUUGCAGGAAGCAACUUUGCGCGAGCGAAGAUAUAAGGAGCGAGCCAGUGAGAUAGAUGCUCAGAAGUGAGUCUGUUUAAUUUUAACAAAAGCCACAUUAAUUGCUACCUCAGUUGAGCAGAUAUAUAUUGGCACUCUAAUUUCUGCGAAGAGAAAAUUGCUGGGGAGAAGUACCACUUACACCUCUGUGAAUCCAGCCUGAGAAUUUACGGCUUCAGUUUAAUGAUUUUUGUCUUGCAAGAUUGGAGUCAACUGUAUUCGGGAUAUACGUGGCUUAUCUUCUCUGGGGUGCUGGCCUUGCUCAUUCAUAUCAUUGCUCCUUUUCCCUCAACCCACCCCAAACCACACAGGAAGCCCCAAAUAAUGAGGCAAGCAAUGCAGUUUGUGAACCCAAGCAAACACAUUGAGUUUUUUCAUUUACUUGCCUAAGCGUGUUUCCUGUGAGUUCUGUUGUUACAGAUCCGGAGGAAGUUGUCAAUGCAAUGGCCUAUGCCAGUCUUUCUGAUGCACUGCUUUCCUGUGACCGUAAAAGUCCUCCCAGUGUUGUCCCGGGAGCUCAGAGCAGUGCUUUAGCAUCUCAACAAUGAUGAGACUAGUUGGGUUGAGAGUGUGACCUUCCAAGGGCCACACAGUAAAUUUCAUAGUUGGGGAGGUGAUUUGAACUUUCACAACACUCUGAAGAAAUAUUUCUUUUCUCUUUGGAAUUGAAGUGAGUGUUAAAUAUUUAAAAGAUAUACAGUAUAGCCCUGGUUUUGAUUUGUUUUUAAAUCAAAUUAUCUCCAGUACAGAUAAAUUAAGAUACAGUGGUACCUCGGGUUACAGACGCUUCAGGUUACAGACACUUCAGGUUACAGACUCCGCUAACCCAGAAAUAGUACCUUGGGUUAAGAACUUUGCUUCAGGAUGAGAACAGAAAUCGCGUGGCGGCAGUGAGGGGGCAUUAGUUAAAGUGGUACCUCAGGUUAAGAACAUUUUCAAGUUAAGAAUGGACCUCCAGAACGAGUUAAGUUCUUAACGCAAGGUACCACUGUACAGUGGUACCUCAGUUUUCGAGUGUCUUGGAAGCUUUUCGGUUUUCGAACGCCAAAAAUCCAAAAGUAAAUGCUUCUGUUUUUGAACGUGCCUCAGAAGUUGAUUUAUUUUUUAAAAAAAAUUCUCCACUGAAAUUGCAGGCCGCCCUUUGUGCCUCGGUUUUCAGACGUUUUGGAAGCCGAACAGUCUUCUGGAACGGAUUACGUUCGAAAACCGAGGUACCACUGUACUUUAAAGAGGCGGCAGAAUAGCAUCUGCUAUAACAGUAAGCAGCAAAAAAGAGAGAAUCUCACACUCUUCAGAAAAUGGAGCACUUACAGCACUUUCAAAAGAGUAGCCCCUUGAGGACACCCUGUGACAAUCCCAGAUGAAAUAAUGUCCGCCUCUCCUGCCGUGCCCUGCCGACACCAGAAGUAAUUGUCUCUUGAGAGCAGGGCUUAGGUCAGAUGGUAUGUUGUUCCUGGCUUACGUCUCAGUGAUGUGGCAUCAAAGAGAUUUGGGGUGGGGGAUAUGAUGUUAAAAGUCCUGUGGUGUUCCUGUCACCAGACUUCAGUGAGCCCAGGGGAAAUACCCCUGAGGUGCGCAGCCAAAAUUAUCCUGCCUCCGUAGAGACAGAUCUUUAGGGGGACUUCCUUGUAGUUCUUUUCAAAAGUAUUUCUGCUGCAAAGGUUGAGGAAACUGUUCUUUGGCAUAAUGCGCUAAAAAUUGAAUUUGAACUUGCUGAUGGUUUUCCUGUUCCACUCUUUUAAGCUUAGCUUUGAGAAAGCAAAAAGUGUAAAAUAAAAACAACAUAGACCGCAAAAUACGUGUGCACUACAUAAAAAUAGCAGAAUACAUAAAAACUGAAGUAUCUGGAAAAGGCAGAGUAUAACUUGGUAUAAUAUUCCAUAUAACCAUAAAAAUGUAUUUUGGGGUUAUAAUCAUAGGUUAGCAUUGGAGUUAAGUGCAGAAUGGGAUAUGGGAUUAUUACUGUGUGUGUUAACUUCAGCUAAAUGUGCACAGCUGCAAGUGUAGGGUAAUGUUUUAUGGAUGACAUGGAUCUGUUAUGAAAGAAAGAAGGAAAGAAUUGCCAUGACAUUUGCAGUGUGUUGGAUUUUAUUCAUAAACCAUUUUAAAUGCUAGUUUUCAGGAUAGCAUUCUCUUUUUACUGAUAUGUGUGUGUGUGUGUGUGUGUGUGUGUGUGUGUGUUGUGUGUAUAUAUGUGGUUUGUCUUCUUGGAAUUUGUAUAUUAUGAAAAUAAAAAGUCUGAAGCAUCUUAGUUAAAAAAAGCAGCACUAGCAAUUAAAAGCCUUCUUAAAGAUCCAGUUCUGGGUGGGAGGCUGGUUUUCCUUGGGAAGGAAUUCUAUAACCAUGGUACUCUCUUACUGAAAAGUCUUUUGUGCCCACUCACUUCAUUUCUGAAUCAGAGUUGGAAGGGACCCCAAGUGUAAUCUAGUCCAAUACUCUGCUAAUGCAGGAAAUCUGGAAUGUAGGAAGCUCCAUUAACAGUGAGUCAUAUUUUUGGCCUGUCUAGUCCAGAAUUGUCUUUCUACCCCAGCAGCACCAGGAGGUGCUAACAAAUUAAACCUGGGUCUUUCUACAUGCAAAGCAUUUUUUAUAUAUAUAUAAAAGUUAUCAUUGCCUUUAUUAUAUUCCUCCUCCCCCCCCCCCCCAAGGAGCUCACAGUAGUGUUCUUCUUUCCGCACCCCUCCAUUUUACACUCACGGCAACUUGUGAGGGGUAGGUUAGGCUGAGAGAGAGUGACUGCUCCAAGGCCACCCAGUGAAUUUCAUGGCUGAGUUGGAAUUGAGUUGAAUCCUCGUCUCCUAAGUCCUAGUCUGACGCUCUAAAAAUCACACUCUCUACAGUCUUUGCUGCGCUCAGCUGCAGUCUGUCCUCAUCUACUAUUACAGCACCCAUGAUGGCUGGUCAUCCAGCCUCUGUUUUAGAGUCCUCUGUUGAAGGAGAGUCUACCACCUUCAGAUAGCACACACCAUCAGGAAGCUUCUCCUGAUGUUCCUUGUAAUCCCCUUGUAAGAGGGGAGCAAUGAGUUGUGCACCAGUGUAUACAUAUGCAGAGAUGAGGUAGUCCUCCAGUUACCUUGGCCCCAGUUCAUUUAAGUCUUUAAAGCUUGACACUAGCUUCUGAAAUGGGGCCUGGGGACAAAAUUGGUUAUGUUGGGUAAUAGGAAUGGGUGCAAACUCUUGGGUUUCUAUCCCAGUUGAACGCCAGGUUGAGUCUGAAUACAGAGGAGCACUUUUAUGUUGAAUAUUUGAACCGUCAUUGACAUAACUUCGUUUAACUGUGGAGGUUUUUGUUUUUGUUUUAAUUUGCAGGAAAUUCCAGCAACAGCAGGAAACAGAGUCAGUCAAUAAAGAAAAACAACAAUGGGUAAGGUCUGAAAUUGUCACUUUUCCUGUUGGGCUAAGUGUUCUUUUAAAAAGACUUAUGAAUACAGAGGAAGCUGUGUUGCCCGCAAAGAUCACACAGAACAGCACCAAGUCCUGUCUUGAUACUUGCAGGCAAGCACUGGGUUCUCUAAAUGCUUCUUAUGCUGUUCAUCAUUCACAGCUUAAAUAUCCAUUUCAUUUUUAAGUGUGAUACGGAGAGCUGGAUUCGGUGGUGUCUGUUGGUCAUCAUUUUCUUAGGCAGGCUGCAUGACUGGGCAAAGCAGUUCAGAGCAAAGGCUGAUCUUCAUGUUCAUCAUAUAACCUAAGUCUCAUUUCUCGUGAGUUGGUUCCAUCUUCCAGAGUGCAGACGUAUAGACUCAGAACUGCCUCUGCUUGACCUUACCAUGCGUGUAAGGGAGUCAUCUUAUAUUACAGAAGGAGCAGGAAGAAGAUCUCAGCAAGAUGCAGAAGGCUUUCCGAAGGAGGAGUGAGUCUGUGGAGAAAGCCCAGGUACAUGGGAGAAAGAUCCUUGACAGUCCUACUUCGUUCUUACACAGGCUUUGUAACUCCUUAGCAUUCAGAGUGAUCUGCAUCUCCAAAUUUGUUCUUUUUACAUUGCUUCUCAAUACUGGGUCAAAGCAGCAAUAGCAACUGCUUUGUUGAAAGGACUAUAAUCUAUCUGUCCCAGUACACUCACUGUUUUCUACACUGCAUGCUUCUGUCAAAAUAAAUAAAUAAAUAAAAUGCUUUCUAUAUGAAUCAGAAAGAAUCUGCGUACCUUUUCGAAACCUCUUAUUGGUUUGGAAAGCCUGAUCAUUCAUAGAGAAUCUUCCAUUUUUUCUUAUUUCUUGGUCUUCAGCACAUCUUGAGGCAAUAAGUUCCACAAUCAAACCUGUGGUGGUGGUGGGAUUUCUAUGGAGGUGGUAGCUUCCAGUGUAUUUUCCUGACCACUUAUGAGUGUAUAUGCCUUGUAUACAACCAAUCACUACUUUUUCUUGAUUCACUUCUGUGGCCUCAGCCCAGUUUUGCAAUUGCGCUUCUGGAGAAGCAAGGUACUAGUAGUCUUUGAGUGCUCAAAUCAUGACACACACAUGCAAUUUCCACCAUACACUUCUUGGCCUUUGUGCCUUCCAAAAAAACUUGCAUUUGAAUUUUCGGCUGGUGUUGCAGAGAGCUGUUGGCCAGACCUUCACCAAGAUUAUGAAACCUUGGUUCUGUUCUUAAGAGUGACCACAACUAUUGAGCACAACUAUUUCUUACCUCAUGCAUUACUUGUAAAUAAACCCACCAAAGUUACCAGCUUCCAGAAUUCUUGCAGGCCUGCUUUUACCCACAAGAGGGUCUGGCUAGCAGAGCUCUCGGUCCCUUCUCUGCAAGCCCACCUUGAACUUUUGCAAGGUUAGUUUCCGCACUGAGUGUGCAGAAGGAAGAGAGUGCUUUGCUUUCUUCACGUCCAGUAAGAAAUGUGGUGCCAAAGGGAGGAAUGGAGUACUCUGUACCUCCUCAUCCUGCAACUCACUGGCGGCCAGGCAAGUAGUGAAAUACAGAACACUGUAUAACUGCUGGGAUGGCAGCAUAAUAUUUUAUAAACCAUAACCUCAAGUUUGGGGAUAUUCCACAAGAAGUUAUAAUGCAGUAGCUAUGCACACACACACAUGUGCUUUUGCGCAUACGUGCUUUUGGAUGCUCGUUAGCAUGAAGGUCCAGAAUCUAUUAUUAAAGCCAUCCUCCAGUCAAAUGGCUCUUGCAAACUUGUCAGCUGAACUCCCUGUAAGGAUUACUGCCUGCACUGCUGUUCCGUUAGAAUGACAUAAGCUGGGUCUUCUCCUCUGGUGGUGGUCCUGGAUGAUAUCUCUUAGCUGGAUCCUCUCUCGGUCUCUUGGAUCUCUUCUUCACCUUUUUGGAACUCUGACUUGGACUCUUAAGACUUGCCCAGUUGCAUGUGGGGCUCCUGAUAACUUCCUCUUUCCUCUUUCCCUUUCAGAGGAGCAUGGACUGUUUCUUGAGAAAUCCCUUUUUAAUGCUAGAUGGCUGGUUUUCUCAUGUGCACCUGUACUCCCUUUGAGCUUCUUGAACUGCAUAAGUUAUGCCUUCUUGCUAACACUCAGCAAAUUUGUGAGGGUCUUUCUCUUUUUUGACAAGGUUGCUUCUGAAUCUUCCUCAUAGUGGAACUAAUUCAAAAUCCAGCUUGCUGCAUUAAACAACUCCAAGUCAAUCCUCAAUAAUGAGCAUAGUUAAAGAAUAUACACACAGUGGUUGUAUUUUGCAUGAGAACCUCGCAUUUCUGAGCAGCCUUACUAUCUGACCUUGAAAUAGUGAAAUAUCUUUGCAGGGCCAGGAUAAGUGUGUACCACUGUAAAAACAAAGCUAGAACUGUGAUGCAUAGAAGUUUGCUUUUCAUCAGGGUAAUCGAUUUAACCUGAUAAAAAUGUCCAGGGAAUUUUAGCAAAUCAACCUGUGAAAGUGUUUCCUCAUUUUUUCCUAUGACGUGCAGAGUCUUCUAGCCCUAAAAGAAACCAUGAAGACUUUUCUAACGCAUUCCUGUAUCCCUGGAUUUUGCCGGUAAAUUGGUUAGCGAUGAUGAAUGAACUGUAAUAUAUUGGCAGCCAAUGACAGCACUUCCCCUUGCAUGUUGAAGUCAGGUAGAAGCAUUGAUGCUAUUUCUAAAUCCUGUGCCCUCUCAAAUGCUAUGCUUCCUCGGGACUCAGUAAAUCUUUCUCUCUGUGCAGGAAGCAGCAUCAAUAAUAGGACAAAGAUCAGUGAAUCCUCGUGACAUCUUCAAACAAAAGGAGAGGUCCAUGUCCACAGAUGGUGCAGUUGUCAGUUCCCAGCCAGGUAUCUGACAGAGCAAUUCUAUACUGUUAUUACGCUGGGACUGGAGAAUCAUUGCAGAUGUACCAGCGGAAUGGCCUUUGUAUCUGAAACAUGCUUAGUCCCUUCAGCACAUUGUGCAAUACUUGUCUCCCCCACUCUCACAGACAGUGAGCAGGAGCCCCUACAUGAGUCAACAAGCCCCUUUUGCUCUCCCCUCUCACUGUUGGCACUCGGGACUAGUUCAGUCCCCUGCUGCUUUGCAUAGAAAGUCUUUCUCCUUCCUUUGUGGAAUGCUCUAUCCUGCCCCCAUCCUAUCUGCUAGAGUGGGGCUCAGCACUGGGUGUUUGGGUCUGGAGUCCCAAGGCAAGGUACAUGUUGAGGUGAGGACGUGGGUGGCGCUGUGAUCUAAACCACUGGGCUUGCCAGUCAGAAGGUUGGCGGUUUGAAUCCCUGCCACGGAGUGAGCUCCUGUUGCUCUGUCCAAGCUCCUGCCAACCUAGCAGUUUGAAAGCACACCAGUGCAAGUAGAUAAAUAGGUACCACUGUGGCGGGAAGGUAAAUGGCGUUUCCGUGCGCUCUGGUUUCCGUCAUGGUGUUCCGUUGCACCAGAAGCAGUUUAGUCCUGCUGGCCAAUGACCCGGAAAGCUGUCUGUGGAUAAACGCCGGCUCCUUCGGCCUGAAAGUGAGAGGAGCGUCACAACCCCAUGUAGUCACCUUUGAUUGGACUUAACCAUCCAGGGGUCCUUUACCUUUUUCUUUUUUUCUUUUACCUUUUACACGUUAAGGUUCUAGGAAGAGGUGUGGUUUCAAUGUGCUCAGCUCUCUAGGCAUGUUCCAGAGACCAGUAUGUUUUGUGCUAGUGUUCUUCCUUUCGUUCUCCUCUCGCUUGUGAGCUCAAAGUGUGCACAACAUGGGGACAGAAAGAGGGCCCCUGGCUAUAUCAAAUCUGAGCUAUGACCUCUCUGUUUAUGGGAUUUAUAUAGUGGUGGUGGUGUCCUUUGAUUGGGUGUUGAGUUACAGAGUAUUCUAUAUUCCUCUGGGUGAUGUGGAUGCGGCAGUCCCUGCUGCUGGGGCAGCUGCCUUUUUCUCAUCCUUCCAUUGAAGUCGAUGGGAGAGAGUUUUCUAGGCACUAGGGAAUUGGGCUGAUGCAAAGUCACAACAUUUAGGAAGGUGUGACACUGUAUUGAAGGGGUAUACAAUUUGACAAUUGUGUCCUUCACCCCUGUAACAUCCAAGCCUUACCCACGACUGUUCCAUUUCAGCUGUUCUCUUUGCCAGUGGAAUGUUUUCCCUGGUAGACUGUUUUACUAGCAUGGUAUAACUGGUAUAACAGGGGUUUACUCCAAAUCCUAUAGUUCCUCAGUAUAGGAUUGCACCCUUAAACAGAAUCAGAAGAAGUUGGAGGCAGUUAUUUUCCAGGACAGAUGCUUUCCAGUAUGCCAUGCUACAUACAGUUUUACUCUGAUCAUUCUGUAUAAAAGCUAAAGAAAUUUAACUAUGGUUUGGCACAGAUGUUAUUGGGCUGCAGUUCCCAUCAUUUCCCAUUGGGCAUGCUGGCUGGGGCUGAUAGGAGGUGGUGUGCAACAAAAUUCGGAGCAUUGUACGUUCCUUAUCCCUUAAUGGUUAAACAAGUAUUUAAAAACAAAACAAAAAACAAUGGGGGGUUUUUUAGACACAAUGUCUGAACUGGCAAGCCAUAGUUAUGGGACCAGAGUGCAGAUAGUAAUGAAAAGAGCAGCAUUCUAAACCAUUCUAUUUUUCUGUUUGUUUGUUCAUUAUAAAAAUGUGGCUUAUGUCUAUCUCUGUAAUAGCUGACCAAGACAACUAACAGCUAUAAACUGAUAACAUCACAAUCAGAAAGUAGUACGGCGUAUACUAAAAUGGUUAUCGUGAAGGCAAUAAUGAACUAAAUCACAUGGGUUGUCUAAGGGCUGCUUAGUGAAUGGUCGCGGAAAGAUGCGUCUAUCUCACCAUUUUGUGUGUUGUAUUGAUGUGCCCCCUUUCCCAGGCAAGUUGCGGAGCCCCUUUCUCCAGCAGAACAGUCAAGCAGAGGCUCCCGUAUCCCCUGUCCACCCUGCCGUGCAAGAUGUUCACCCUCCUCCUGUUGUCCGUUCGUCUGUACACGAUACACCUCCAGUCUCUCCCGUUCCUGAACUUGGUAAAGCUGAUAUAAGAGAGCUUAUGGGUUCAAUUCCUUGAUUAUGGCAGGUUUUUAAUAGCUGAAGAUGUUCAGGUAGUCACCCAUGAUCUGUUUGUCCCAAGCAUAGUGAAGGAGGAGUGUAUAACAAACACAACUUGAAAUCUAGUUUCGUGGGGAGGUGUAUACUUAAAACUCUUUUCGUUUCCAUUCCAUUAAAACAAAAUAUUUCCCCCCUAAAUAUUCCUUGGGCUACCCAGCCACAUUUUAAAAAACUAGGUAGGUUUCCAAAUCCUUCUUGUGCACACGCAUGUGUGUGCCUGCUACUUGUAUAAAGUGUCCCCAUACCACUGUAUGUAGAGCUUUAUAUUUUGCUCUAGGAAAGACAGUAGCUUUUGUAACGGGCAAGCUUAAAAAAAGACCUGAUUAUUUUUCAGUUGAUUCAGGGAAUUCCCGACAUUUGUAAGAGUUUUAGUGGGUGGCUAAAGAAGAGAGAAUGGGAAAGCAAGUAAAAAGUUACUAACCUGCCAAGAAAGGGAGGGAUAUAACUGCUUAGGCUGUUCUGCUAAAUCAUCUAUGAAAGCCCAUAUGCUCAAAGACUAUGAGGGAAGCACUGCAAGUUAAAACAGAAACCUGGUGGUUCCCAUUGAAUCAUUGGACUCAUAAUUGAGGCUGAACAUUGUCUACAAUCGUCUUACAUUUCACUAUAAACAUCUGUAAGCUUAAGAAUUAGAUUCACCAUAUAGUGGUAUCAGAAUAAUAUUUUUUUUUCAAAAAAAAGUUGAAGGAUACUGUCAUCAUAAAAGAAUUUUUAUUUUUUGCAAAGGGUAAUUCUAUCUUCAUAAAGUACUAAAAAAUGAAGAGUUGCUAUACAGUACAUUUUGAAAAAGACAGUUCCUUGGUGGCAGGCUUGCAAUUUAAAUACUUGGUCGAAAAUAGGACAGGUGACAGUCAAAGGUCACAGCAUGACUUUAAUUGAGAGGAAGAAGUGAGGUGUGGCAAAGGUGAAUCCGUAUACCUAUAGGGUGAUCAGAACUGCAAAGAGAUCCAGCAAAAAUCCUUUUUAAAAAACCAUGUCUCGACUGCUGCUCUAAGCAUGGGAAGACUUUUACAUUCAUAUCUAAUAUCUAAUAACAUUUGGGUGCCAUCAUCAAGCCAUUCAUUAAUGGAUCCUAACCAUUCCAUUUGAGUAGCAAACUUUCUCCUGCAUUCCUCUUGCCUGCUGCCUUUGAGAUUGUGUGCGGUAUUUGUGGCUUCUCUGAAUGAAGACCCGUUCAGAAAAGAUGAAAUUGGUAGCAAACCUAAUGGCUGAAACAGAAGAGUGUGUUGUUCUUCCAGGUGAUUCUGUCAGGCAGAACAACUACAGAUCAGGCGCUCCGACCUACGAACCGGAAGAGAAACACGAAGCUGUGUACGAAGAACCCCCUAGUGAACGAGUUAUCUAUGAUGAACCCCCUGAGGUUAGUCUCCAUGCACACAAGAUCAUUUCCUGCCUUAUUUAUGCCGAUCUGCCUCUUACAUUCCGUUUGCAAGUGCUGUUGAUUAUGUAGCCAGAGUGGUGCUACUCAUGUGCAAGGGGAAGGGAUCAGUAAGUGUGAGAGAACCCAAAGGUUUGCAUAAUCCGAAAAAGUGUUUGGGGUGGUGGAACACUAGGGGAGAAUCCCUAGUUCGUGUCCCUGCGCUCAGUUCAUGAUCCUGUGCAUGUGCAUAACAAAAAACCGAGAGGGGGAAGGGAAGAUUGUGGAAGACGGCAUGGGUAACUUGCUGGAACUGCCAGCAUUGUCAGUGGUCAAGGAUGAUGAGAGCAGAUGUCUAUAGCAGCCAGAAGGCACCCCAUUGGUUACCCUUGAGAUAGUGCUUCAGCUCAUAUGCUUGGAAGAACAGACUGAAUUCUUUAAUUCAGUAUGUCAGUGAUGGUGUCUCUAAAGACCUACCCAUCACACAUUCAUCAGUCCUGGGAUGAGUUAUUGGGAUACUUUUACACCACUUGCCUUUUACACCAUUUGACAUAUCCUGCUUCAUUCUGUUAACUCUUCAUUUACAGGAACAGCCCGAAGAUACUAAAUAUGACUAUGUUGAUAACUACCAACAAAAUCUUAACUUGGAGGGAAAAGGCUUAUGCGCUCGAGCUCUCUAUGAUUAUCAAGCUGGUAUGUUCUGUGUCGUUUGUUUUCUUCCAUUAACCGAAAUGCUUGUCUCUAGGCAUAGUCUGUUCCCACUCAGGUUAGACAGAAGUUACAGGAUGUGUUUUUCUCACAUUGUGCCCCCUAUAGAGUAGAUUAGGUCCUGUCCCAAUUUAGUAGUUAAAGGAUGGACAGAACAAUAGGUGGCUGGUGUGAUGGCCAGGGAAGAAGGAACCAGAAAGGGUGAAGCAUAACUAUCCUUUAUUCUGGCUAUCAGAAGCCCACUUGAAACACACUCUUUCCUAUAGUUGUUAGCAUCUCCUUUUUUAAAAAAAGAAAAACAUUGGGGAGAUUCUUAGGAAUUCUGAUAUGUGCAUUUAUUCUACAACAGGAAGAUUCCCUUCCUGUGCUGCACAGUGACAGCCACAGAGAUGGGAACUGGGAGCAAUAGGUUUUAGUCACAGCACAAAGCAUGUGUUGUAGGAGAGGGUCAAAGAGCACUUCUCUAUGAACACUUGCUGUCUCUACUUGAUUCAUGGCUGGUAUUUGCAGCUGAUCUCAAAGCGCAUGGCAGCGUAUUGGGGGGGGGAAUGCAACCUCAUUCAUAUGUUGGGAUGAAACCUUUUUCAAAAGAGGGUUCCAUAAGUAAAACCAGCCCCGAAAGGUAGCACAGACACCGGUGCACUGAAGUAAUGUUUCAUGCAUCUAGAAAUCUUUGAUGGUUGUCAACGGCAGUCCCUUACGCAACGUAUUUGUCAGAUGGCUGUUGCGGUUGCUUGAGAGUAACCAGGCAGGACUCCGACUUGAGUUUUACAGGCUUUAUUUUGGUGCAGACUAUUUACAGUGAAGAGUCCCAAAGCUCAUGUCGGGCUCAAUUGCUAGCAGAAUCCGGGAGUGGUCUUUUUUUGGACCUCCCCCAACAUAAGAGUUUCAUUACCCCCAACCUUCUCCUUCCCUCUUUGCGCCUUAGGCUACUGCGUAGCAUGGGCGAUGACAAGGGCGUGUUUCCCUCUUGUCCGGCUUGCCCAGGAGCGGUGUUAAGGCUCCCACCAGCAUCCUCUGGUCCUUGCACCUCUUUCCCACUGGAGGUGAGGCUUUCCUCCUCCCCAGAAGAGGAACUGCUUCGCAAGAUUUUCGGAGGCUCCCUGUAACACAACUGCCCUUCUAUUUAUUGCCUCUGAGCCAAUGGCAGUUCCCUGACAGUAUUACAGCAGUUUAGCUUCAGCAUCAUAAAUUUUCUAACUGCAGGGCUACUUCGCAAAUGAAGCCUCAGCCCGCACUUACUUUGGUAUCGAAAGUUCUAGCAGAACCUGGUACCAAGACAUCAGCCACCUUUCUAAAGGAUGAUGGACAUUCCUAGUUCAGGAUGUAGAUAGGCCAAAGGAACGUACCUCUGUGGUAGAGCUCUGCAGGCGGAAGUUCCCAGGUUCAGUCUCUGGCAUCUCCAGUUAAAAAUGGAUCAGGUUGCAGGUGAUAUGAAAGGUCUUCACAGGAGACCCUGGAGAAUUGCUGGCCAUUGACGCAGUCACUACCAGGCUUAGAUAUACAAGUUGUCUGUCAUGGUAUAAGGCCUUUUCCUGUUUGGGUGGGUUAAGUUCCAUUCUAUGUCAUUUCCUCCACCCCAACUAAAAUCCCUGCAAAGACAGAUAUGCAUUAAUGUUGCCAAGCAAGGUGACAUAGCCAGGAUCUCUUAGCAGUUAAGGCAGGGGUCAGCAAUCUUUUUCAGCCGUGGGCCGGCCCACCGUCCCUCAAACCAUGUGGUAGGCCGGACUGUAUUUUGAAAAAAUAUAUGAAUGAAUUCCUAUGCCCCACAAAUAACCCAGAGAUGCAUUUUAAAUAAAAGGACACAUUCUACUCAUGUAAAAACACCAGGCAGGCCCCACAAAUAACCUAGAGAUGUAUUUUAAAUAAAAGGACACGUUCUACUCAUGUAAAACACACUGAUUCCCGGACUGUCCGCGGGCUGGAUUGAGAAGGCGAUUGGUCCGCAUCUGGCCCCCAGGCCUUAGGUUGCCUACCCUGAGUUAAGGCAUAACUAAACCGUGUCAAAGUGGUCCUGAGUAUUCACUCUUGCUGGGCUAUAUGCUCCUUAAACAAGUAAUUGUUUUCCCCCUGAAAUCUUGUCUGUUCCCACCUUUCAGCUGAUGACACGGAGAUCUCUUUUGACCCUGAGAACAUUAUCACGAGCAUUGAGAUGAUCGAUGAGGGCUGGUGGCGUGGUUAUGGUCCCGAUGGUCACUUUGGGAUGUUCCCUGCCAACUAUGUAGAACUCAUUGAAUAAUUGGCCUUUGCCGGAGGACGAAUGCAAGCAAUACCUGAAAGAACAACUCUCAUCAAAUCCAGUUCUUCAAGGUGGAAUUGUGUGGCUUUUUAAGAGUGAAGUGCUCGUUGCUCUGUGCCCUUGUUGCUGGAGCAGUAUCUGUCCCUGCCCAGUGAAGCAGACCUCUUCCUUUCCCUCCUUUUAAUUUUCCUUAAUGGGUACUUUUCAAGUGAAGGUAGGGAAUCAGUCUUGACAUUGCAUAACACUUUCCUUCACUUUUUUUAAUGGAAAAAUUGCCCUUUAGCACACCCUCUUCAAACACACAGAGAGACGCUCUGAACACCAGUGUGGAGUAUUUAGAAGAUAGUGCUUAGCAGAAAUAUAUUCCUAACCUACCCUUCUCCCCAAUGCAAACUGAUUUUUUCAUUCCGUGUGUUGCAACUUUCUAAGAUAGCAUAAGGAGGUAUCUUAAGAAACAUCUACUGUGUUUACUUAAUAGCCUGUGUAACUUGUCUGUGUGAUUCGGACCCACAGUCCACAGUUAUUCCAGAACACUGCUUUGGAGAAAAUGGAUUGCGAGUUGCAGGCUUCUCCGCUCCCUUUUCUUUGAGAUGCCAAUCCACUAGGAGCUGCUUCAGGGCAAGCCCUGUCGAAAUGAAUGGUUUUGUGCGAUCACUCCCCAAUGUUCUUGUGCAACUCGCCUUCCAUUUCAGUGGAGUCAGUCCUGAAUGGGAGAUUGUGCCCUCGAACUACUCUAACCUUUGUGCAAGGACCAAGUUGCCUGGCUUUUAGGUUGUUAAGUCUGUGUGGAAAAUUCCCCCCUUGCUUUUAAAGUAAAAGCUAGCCAUGUUUCUUGAGACAUGGCUUCAGAGACAAAACACCAUUAAAGCAGGUAAUAGACAAAUGCCCUACAAGCAAUGCUAGCUUUCAGCUGUGGUGCACAUUGCUUUAAAUACAAUGCUCUGUCUGUACAUGUUUGUGUGGUUUGGUUCAUAUGUGAGGGACUUGAUUUCUGCAUUAUCUUUUCUGGGUUUUUUUUAAAAGCCUUAUGUUGCUUAUACAUAAUAUUUGGAUUAAUUCCUCCCCUCCCCUUUAAUAUUCAAAUAAAACAGAACCUAAAAGAAACCUCAGACACAACUGAGCACUCAGGAGUGUCCCAGAUUUGUGCUGUGUAAUUGCGUGACACUGUGCAUCACUCUGACUGACACCAGCUAAUAGUACUAAACUAGUAAGGGUGUUUGUGACUCAUGGCUGGGUUCAGGUGCUGAAUUUUAAGUGGCUUUCAUCAAACUCCCACUGAGCAUCACCUCUUCAUGGCAUACUAGCUUACAGGUGUAUGUUGUUUUUUUAAAAAAACCAAUUAGCCAUUUUUUACAUUCCUGUUAUUUGUCUUGCUCAAGGCAGCCUGGAUAGGAUUCUCAAGGAACUUCAAACAUGCAUCCCGUGCAGGUAUCUGAGGUAGAGAAUGCGUAUUAUAAAGGUUAAUCUGUUUGCUUAGGAUGUAAAAGAAAUGGCCUUGCAAGGUUCAAGUCCUGUCUUCCCUGCUUUUAUGCAUGACGUGGUGGUGAUUAUGGAACUAAGAGAUUCUAAGGCAGUUCUCUGCUAGUUUCCCAACUAAGUUGUAUUCAGUGGCAUUUUAGAAAGUGACAGGUUUUUUUUAAAAAAAAAAAAAGAUAGGGAGCAGCUUCCAGAAAGUGGCUGUUUAAUUUCCACAUGCUUCUUCAUUCUGGAUCUGCAGAAGCUAAAGCUAAACUAUCCAUUCCAUUUUAAUUCAGCAUUUCUGUCUUAUGCCCCCACUCCAGGUAGUCAAAAUGGUGUUUUCCAGAUGCUGUUGGACUGCAACUCCCAUCAGCCCCUGGCCAGAGUUGAUGGGAGUUGUAGUCUAGCAGCUCCUCGAGGGCACCAUAUUGGCUCGAGAUGUAGUGGAAAUCUUUUCAGAAGCGCUCCCCGUGGUAACUCUCCAUUCCAAAUGAAUAUGGGGCCUCUUUUGCCCUGACAGCUUUGGGGAAUAUUUUGAAUGGACCAUACUUUAAUCCCCCUCCCCUUAAUUCCAUCUUUCCCAUUCAGGAACAAUUAAGACAUGUUCCCUUUGGGAUGUUUGCAGCAGGCGAGCCAUGGCUUCACAGGGAAUUCUUUAGAGUUGAUUCUUAUUAGAAUUGCUAAUCAUCAUGCUGGAGGAUCAUUGCUAUUUCGGUUGCUGCUGUUCACUGCAUCUCCUGUUCAUAUCCUCCUUUUUGCCAGCCUUCUGCCGUGCAUGAAGAUUUGGGAGUGGGGAAAAGCUUGUGACUUGUAUCAGGAUGAUCUGAAUAAUAAUAAUAAUAAAAUGAAGUGAUUUAAAUUACUCC